AUGUCUAUGUUUCGCCUGCAGCCUACUAUCUAUGUGGGUAACUCCGGCGGCUCCGGUGUGGUCCUGAACGUUGUCGGCGCUGCCGCAGCGCUGGCCGGCGCAGCAGCCGUGCUCUUCGCUCUCGGCCCUGACGGCAUGGCCAAGGAUGCAUUCGACUUUGAGGUGGUGCUGUUUGAGCUGCUCAUGGGGCGGACGGGCUUUCCACUCACGCUCUCCUGCCCGGCUUGCCGACACAUCAGUUCUACCAUCCCCCCCCCCUGUGCUGCAAAGGAUGUGUUUGACCACGGGGUGGUGCUGUUUGAGCAGGCCAAGGACGUGUGCCUUCCCCUCCCACUGCCUCCCUCCCUCCCACUGCCUGCCUCCCUCCCACUGCCUCCCUCCCUCCCACUGCCUGCCUCCCUCCCACUGCCUCCCUCCCUCCCACUGCCUCCCUCCCUCCCACUGCCUCCCUCCCUCCCACUGCCUCCCUCCCUCCCACUGCCUCCCUCCCUCCCACUGCCUCCCUCCCUCCUGUCAAUUUAA